AUGUUUGAAUCAUCAGAAACUCCAAGUGCGACAGAUCAUAUGGUCGAAAAACAUAUUCCCACAAUUGUCGUAUUCGGUGAUCAAUCAAGCGGAAAAAGAUCCAUUAUGACAAGAUUAACUGGCUUACCAAUGCCAAGAGAAUCCACAAAACGCAUGACGACGCCUUUCGAAAUACGUCUCCUACAAACCGAGGAACCAAUACGUAAAAUCACUUUACAUUACAUAGAAGACUGUGAUCGAAAAGCGAUACAACUAAGAGAAGUUGAAUUUGCCGAUAUAACGAAUUCAAAUCAAAUGGAUAUCGAAAACAAAUUACGUGAAGCUCAACGUUAUCUACAAAACCCAAGUAUUAGAGAUAUCAAUUCAAGAUUGCCAAAUGAUCCAAGUGAUGAUGAAUUACCGAUAACUAAAAAUACUGUAUGUAUUACAAUUGGUGGACCCAAGCAAAAUUAUAGUUUGUCUAUGGUUGUUUUACCAGGACUCAUACGAGAGUACGAAAGUUUUACAAUAUCCUUAAUUAAGGAAUAUAUUAAUAGUGACUCGGCAAUUCUAGUUCCAACUAUUAAUGCAAACGCAGAUAUUUCUAUACAAUGUGCAUUGUAUCUUGCACGUCAAGCAGAUCCGGAUGGUGUUCGUACUCAUUUGGAACUUGCUAAUCUAGUAAAAUUUAAAGGAGAGCAUCAAAUUGCAAAUGGUUUUUACGUUAUACGAAAUCAAUCUAGCGUAAAAUCGGAAAAAUCGGAUGAUUCAUUGGAAAGCGAUACAAUUAAGGAACUUAAAAAACACAGAACUUGGAAAGAUAUUCCAAGUAAUAAGUUUGGCUUACAAAAUUUUGUUAUGAAAUUAAUUGAACUACAGGGUCAAGUCUAUUUAAAUAACCUUCCGCAUAAGUCUGUUGAAAUCCAAACCAUACGUUUUUUGGAUUUUGAUGACAUUUUAAAGAACCUUCGGCAUAUUCCUGUUGAUAAUCCAACUCGUUUCUUGGAAUUAAUUAGAAAAUUUGACAAAGAGUUCAUUAAUCACGAUCACGUAAACCAUAAGUUAUAUCGUGGACUACAAUGGAACUAUUCUCAAUUUAAUCAACAAUUAUUAACCACUCGUCCAAUAUACAAUCUCACGAGUGACGAAGGGGUGACGAAUACUGAAUUUUUUGAUCCCAUAAAUCCUGAUUCAUUACCAUUUACAACAGAUUUACGUGAACCAAUUGCACUUGAUGGUUGGGGAUCUAAUCAUUACCAUAACGAUAGAAAUGUAUGGACAAUAGAUCUACUUAAUGAAGCUGUGCAAGAAAGUCAAUUUGGACAAUUGGCUGGUCAUUUUCCAUACAAAUCCGUAAUUCAUAUUGUUGAAAACCAUCAAACGGAGUGGAUUUCAUUUUCUAAGAGAUUAUUGAAUAAAAAUACCGAUUUUUUUGCACGAAUGAUUGAUGAAUUAAUAGAUAACUAUUUUCAAGAAUUUCCAAACCUCAUUGGAGAAAUCAAAUACGUUUUAUGUGAAUUAUUAAGAAAGUGCGAGGUUGAAACAUUAAAUCGUCUUAAAGAACAUGAAGAUUUGGAGCAUAUUUCAGCUAAUAGGGCUCUUUAUUUAACUGAUGAAACCAGCCUUCUAAAGAAACAAUCAAAAUAUUUAUUCAAGCUUCAAAAUUUGUCUUCUAGCUCAAGGCAAAUGAAUAAAGAAUUAAAAGCAGUUCUUGAGUUAGGAACUGAAUUAUUUGACAUGAUGUAUAAUGAUGAAGAAGAAAUUGAUGCUACUAUAAAAAAUACAUCUUUGGAUAGAUCAAUUUGUAUAAUAUCCGCUGUCACGGGAGCAUUAGCAUAUUGGAAAAGUUCCUACUCAAAAUAUCGAGAAAAUGUAUCACGUAUAGAACAACAAACUGACAAUCUAGAUUUGGAGAGUUCAUCCAUCAGUAGCAAUCGUGCAGAAUGGGAAAAAAAUGUUAAUACUCACUCUUAA